AUGGACAUUUAUGUUCACCAGCUUCAGUAUUCGGGGAGAGUGAUCCACACGUUUGUUUGUAAGCAGCUUCUGACCUCGAAGCUUCAUGAGCUGUGGUUCCAUUAUGCUAGGAGGCCUCUCAGAUUUUCAAUGCAAGAGUUCUAUGCGAUCACUGGUCUGAAGUAUGAAGACGACGAGCCUGACUUGGAUAUUGAUAAUUGGAAAUAUGAUAAAGGGUUUUGGGCAAAGUUGCUAAGGAGAAAAGGAAAAAUUUCCUUAGAGGAAAUCAGGAAGGUGCAUCUGAAGAAUUGUAAUACAUGGUCUCGUGUAGAUAGGCUGAGGAUGGUGUAUUUGUGUGUGAUCUGUGGUAUAAUUAUGGCGAAGGAUGAGAGGGUUGCCAUCCCACACAAGUACAUCAAGCUGGUGAUGGAUUUUGAGAAGAUGAGGAAAUAUCCAUGGGGUCUUCACUCCUUUGAUAUGCUGGUGACUUCUAUUAUCGAAGCUAGGGAUAAAGUGAAGACUCAGAACAGCUAUGUUUUAGAUGGGUUCUCUUAUGCACUUCAGAUUUGGUUGAUGGAGGCUAUUCCAGACAUUGGGUCGCUUUUGGGUCAGAAACUCCAACAAGGCGUGACUAGCAUGAGAUGCAGGAACUGGAAAGGCUCUGCCAAGGUUUCCUAUGAUGAUAUUACUAGCUUAGAGUCUACUUUUGGAUCCACUGGAGAUGUGUUUCCAUAUUUAUCUUCCACUGGAAAUUACAAUGUCGUUUUAGGUGAGGAGUUUAAACGAGCUUCUGAGAUGAAGGAUGAAAGAGUCGAUCUGAUGAUGGAGAUGAUCGAAAAGAAAUAUGAUUGGAGUAAGCAUGAGUGGGGUUUCAAGGAAAUUGUAGAGCCAUUUGUGGACAGUUCUGAUGAAGAUGGUUCAGAUAAAGAGGAGGCUGGAGAAACAAGUGAGACUGGAGUAGAAGAAGAAACAGAAAUCACCCCUGUGUCUGCUCCAAGGAAGAGAAAGAAGAAAUAUCAGGAUACUGGUGCCGAGUCAAGGAAGAAGAGGUUGCUUUUGCAAAGAUCAACCGAGAAGUACAGAGAUCUUGAAGAGGAAAUGAAGUCUUAUAUCCAGGUUAUGUUCAAGUCUUCUUUCACUGCCUUGGGGCUCGAGGUACGCGACAUGAUUGAUGACCGCUCAUACUUCGGUUUCUACUCGUGGUGA